AUGAUUGGUAAAAAUAAUGAAUUACAAGGGAAGCAUCAAGGAAAUAAACAAAAAACUAGCGAUGAUAUCAUUUCUUAUAGUACAGGAAGUGUUCCAAGAGAAAAAUAUAUUGAUUUACUUUCACAUUUAGAUGAUGCAAUAUCGUUUAUUAGAGGUUUUUGCUUCACUGGCGGUGAAACUAUCGGAUCUGAUGUCAGAUCACUUAUUCUUUCUCAUUGCAUCAAGCUCUCUAACUUUCUAGAGGAAAAUAUGCUAGAAAUCGGAAUAGAAAACAUUCCAAGAGAAUAUUCUAUAUUUGAUGCACGAGCACUUGAUACACCUGAAAAACAAAUGAAUGAAUUCCUCAAAUUCGCAAGUAACGAAGAUCUUGACAUGCAUCCAAUAAAAGAACUAUUUACGAUUUUCUGUGGCAUUGUGAAUGUUAAUAACAUGCUACUCAAUUACAAUAAGAAGCUAGAAUCUCAAAUUGAAAACUUCAAGAAAAAUACUGUUCCAAUCUCGCGUUUAAAGACUCUUAACGAUGAAUACUUCGAAGUUGUUCAGCAAAAUGCUUCAAAUCAAGUUAAAAUCGAGAAACUUGAAGCAGCAAUCAAAGAGAUUACUGGAAAGCCAGAAAUCUUUUACGAAAGCAUAAUAGAUGAUGCAAAAACUAAAACAGAAUUAAAUGAAACAGCUUUCAACGCACUUAAAAAGCAAAACGAAGAUUUGAUUAAAACAUUGGAAGAAUAUAAGCAGACAACUACUCAAUCAAUAGAAAGCUUAACAGACACUCUUAAUACAUGCAAAGCGUCUUUAGAUGAAGAAGUUCAACAACAUUCUCAAGAUGUUGACAAACUCACAAAAGAAAAGGAAUCUCUUCAGGACAAAAUCAAAUUCCUUGGUUCUGAGCUUCAGGUUGCCAAGACAGCACUACUUGACCUUUCUAAAAAGUUGAAAGAGAAAUUUGCCAAAUACAAAGAAGCAAUUAAGGCGCAGAAAGAUACUUGCUCGAUGCUAGACGCUAUACAGAACAGAACGAAUACACUUAUUAAGGAAAAUGAAUGUCUUGCCGAUAAAUGCUUAAAUUACCAGGCAGAAAACAAAGCCUUCAAAGAACAAGUAGACCAAUUAAUUGUUCUGGAAACAAGACUUAGAAACAGUAGAGAGAAAUUUAAAGAAAGACUCCAUAAAUCGCAAAAAGAAUUAGAAGAAAUGACAAAACAGAAGUCAGAAACAGAAGAAGCACUAAAUUCUCGUGUUAAAACUGUUAUUGAUAAUGCUAAAGAAGAAUCAAGAGAUCUUGUAUCAGAAAACUCAAAUCUUAAAGCAGAAAUUGAAAAUCUGAAGAAAUCACUCGAAGCAUCUAAACAAGAAGCUUCAGAAGCCAAAGUUGCAGAGAAAACAGCAAAUAUGAAGAUUGCAAAGAUCCAGAAGAAUGCAGAAGAUGAGAAACAGGCUUUACAAGCCAAAAGUGAUUCAUUAAUACAAAGUAUCAAAUCUCAAGCAGAAAAACAAGUUUCAGAUUCUGCAAAACAAGUUGAAGAUACGAGAAAGCUUCUUCUUAAGCUUUGUGAAAUGUCACCAUCAUCAACAGAGAAUGUAGAAAACCUAUGUAACGCAUUGGAAUCAAAACAUACCUUUUAUACAAUCCAGAAAAAGAUUCUUUUAGAUGCAACAAAGAUUCGUGAUAAAUACGACAUUAAAUAUCCAGAAUCUAUUGAAGACUAUGUAGAUAAUCUCAAAAAGACUAUUGAAAAGGAAGAAAAAGAAGCUGAAGAGUUGAAGAAGUCUAAUGAAUCAUCAAAUUCUCAAAUAGAAUUUCUAAAAGAAGAACUUGAAAAACGUCAAGGUUCCGAUGUUAUUAUUAAUGAAUGGAGAAAUUGGUCCAACAAAAUGCAGGCAGAAAUAAGUGGUCAGCCACUUACUGACGGAUCAGACAGAGCUGCAAGAACUGUAUUAUCAGAAGCAAUCAAAGCAGGAAGAGGCAACUACACUGUUGUUUCAAAGAUAUCACUACUUAGAGAUGAAAAGAUUAUUAUGAACAAAUUUGAGAAAAAUGAACUAUCUAACAGCAAUAAAAAUGGUUUGUCUGUUAAAGCUGUCAAUACAGCUCUUCGUUUCAUGAAAAGAUUGCAAACAACUUCUGGUCAUUGUCCUCCUUCUGACUUUCUCCACUUCGUGUAA